ACUUUCCGUACAGUAGCAACUUGCAAGAAAGUGAAAGAAAAAGACAGUGUCAAGCUUAUGGAGGUCAUACAUUGCAUUUUUAUGCAUUUUAUAUAAAUACACACUUAUUGAUUCGUUGAGAAGCAAAGUUUUACAUAAACUAAUGUUGUCUGACACUGUAAUGAGCAGUGUUAUACAGAAUAUUGGACAGAUACCGUAGGGAUGGCUGACCAAUUUUGUUUACGUUGGAACAACUUCCAGUCAAACAUUGUAAGUGCCUUGGACUCAUUGAAGUGUUCAGAAGAUUUGGUCGAUGUUACGCUCACCUGUGAAGGCAGAAAUAUCAAGGCCCAUAAAGUCAUAUUGUCAGCGUGCAGCCCGUACUUCAGGAAUGUGUUCAAGGAGAAUCCAUGUCAACAUCCAGUUAUAAUAUUGAAAGAUGUGUCGGCUGAUGAUAUCGUCAGCCUCCUGUCUUAUAUGUACCAAGGAGAAGUGUUCAUUGAAGAGAGCAAGUUGUCUUCAUUCUUACAUACAGCUGCACUUCUACAAGUUAAGGGAUUAACUGGUGUCACACAGCAGAAAGAAAAUUUCACAUCUCCAAACACAUCAAAUAAAUUAUAUACACAACUAACCAUAUCAUCAAAGCCACUAUUUGGUACUGCUCACAAAGAGAUAAAAUUGCCAGCUUUAAAGAAAAGACGUAGCAGCACUUCGGACAAACCUAAUGAUGUUACUAUUGGGGAGUGCCCCAAGAGGAGUAGACUAUUAGAAACUUGUGAUAUUUAUAGUAGGAAUAACCCUCCACCUUUAAUAAGACAUGAUCCACAAUAUUCAGCAGAAAAUAAUAUUGACAAAAAAACUGAUAACAAAAUUGAACCAGUUGUGAUUACAGCGAAUGGAAAAAGUUCUACAUCUCAGGUGAAUGCUCAAGGUGACAACAUUCCGAUAACAAUAAAAACUGAACGAACAGAUGAAAACAACUCACCAUUAUCAAUAACCACAAACUCUGAAAACGAUGAUAGCCUACCAGAUUAUGAGAACAGCAUGCUUGCCAGGUCACUUCUAUCAGGAAUCAAUCCAUCUAAAACUGAAGCUAGUGCCAAUAACUCAACUGCAAAAAAAGUGUCAAAUGUUAUGAUGGAUGUCCACUGCACAUCACGGUCUAAAGAAGUUAACACAGAUACAGUUACAUUUACUACCGCCCCAUCAAAGAGUCCCGUCAAAGUAAUCAUCACUGAAGAACUUCAUUUAAAACCAGAAAAAAUGUCACCAAAAUCUGAUGUAGAAUAUGAGCCCGAAGUGUUAUUGUCAGAACAGCAGGAUGGAAAUGAUUCCGACAAUACAUAUACCCAAGAGCAAUCUCAAGCCCUUCUGCUGCUGGCAGGAAUGUCAAGUGUACCAGCCCUCGGAGGAGGUGCAUCAACAUCUAAGGAUGGACCAUCACACCAGGCAACCCAUGCAGCAAUAUGUGGUGAUUGUCCACAUUGUGGCAUGAAGUAUUCCAAUCAGUCAGCUCUAAAAUAUCAUGUCAGACUAAUGCACUCUGACUUGACCAAUAGAUUAUGUUGCUACCUAUGUCCGAGGUCAUUCACAAUGCGUGAAACUUUUAAAGAGCAUAUGUGGACAAGUCAUGGUCAAAGAAAUUAAAAUUGUAUAUUUAAUUCUGUAAAAAUGUGCCUUAGGUAUUUUGUUGAUUAGAAUAAGACAUUUGAUGAUAAUUGCAAUUAAUGAAAAGAUGUGCCUUGUGAACGAAAAUCAAUGCCUUGUAGAAAUAUAUAUUUUAGGUCAAAUUUUGUGGUAAAGGAGACUGAUAGCUUUUGCUUGCAUUGAAACGAAAAGUAAUACUAAUGGUGAAAUAUUGUAUAGAAAGGGCUACUUUAGUCCUAAUAAAUACAGUUCAGUAUUUAAAAGACCUAGUGCAGCUCAACUACGAAAUGCAAAGCAGAUAUGAAGAAAUGUUGAAUAAUACAUCUGUUUCCACAUUCAUACUGUGUUGUAAUUACUAAAAUUGUUGUCACGUUUCGUGGUGUAAGACUAAAAAGGUGCAUUGACCUAUAGCAUCAAUUUGAGUGUUGCUGUAAACACAGCAAUCAGCGUGAAUUUGAUUCACUGUUAAGUGAUAUACUAGAUAUAAUUGGCUGUAUUAUGUUUAAGGUUGUACUUUAUUAUAAAUGGUUUGCUUUUAGUUAGCUGUAACUGGUAUGUGACCAGUUAAGCCAAGUAAAAAUAAAUUGAAGAAAAUUGUUUUCAUAUUGGUAAUUGUAAGGUGAGAAGUUUACAAAGGCCUUAGUAAGUAAAUCUUUUUGAUGCUAUUUUACAAGUAUGAAGUGAAUAAGAAUGUUGCGAGUUUGUUUUCAAUAAUGAGGAAUCAUUAUGAUUUCUUAAAAGUACCAGUAAUUAACUUCAAUAAAUUUGCUUUACUUUUACAAAAAGGUGCUUAAUAUCAAUUUAUUUCUAAGGGUUUAGAUUCUUACACGACGAGUGGUGUGAAUUUGCCUCUUCAAUUCAAGACACUUGCGUUAUUCGCCUUAACACUUGCAGAUAUAUAAUAUCCUUAUGGGCCCCGGCUAAGUCGCAACUAUAGGAAAUGUUCAAAAAUAUCUGAAAAACGGAAAGCAUGUGAAUGUAAUAACUUUUAUUUAUAGAUAUCUCUAUUUAGGAAUAGAAUUUGAAGUUCCAGUAUUUUCGAAUAUUGUUUUGAGCUACCUAUGCGUAGGUAAAUCAUAUUCAUGUAAAAUGAUAUUAAUUUGAAAUUUUGUUUAGUUUUGGUGUAUUGUGCCAAAAUAAUUUUAUUAAGUUAUUAAAUUAGUAGGAUGUUACUUGGAAUUUGUAUAAGUUACCUGUAAUUCUAUUGUUGAAAAUAAUUAUCAUUUGAGUUUUUAGAUUUUACACUAGGUUUAAUUUUUAUAUCUAAGUUUUGA